AUCCCCAUCAUGCUGCAUAAGGAGUUUGUUCACGUGGAUGCGGACGGUCAGGAAGUCUACAAGUGCGGCUUCAAAAUCGGUGGUGGAAUCGACCUAGACUUCACGAAGUCUCCUCAGGGCUACACAGAUAACGGCAUUUACGUCACAGAGGUACACCCAGGGAGCCCAGCAGAAAAAGCCGGUCUCAAAGUGGAUGACAAAAUUCUACAGUGUCAGGGCUAUGACUUCACCAUGGUCACGCACAAACAGGCCAUCAAUUACAUCAAGAAGGGCAAGAGCCUGAACCUGCUCGUGGCGCGGUACGGCGUCACCCACUCGUAGAGCGAGGGGCGCGGACGGGACGGACGGCGCGGCCCGGCCGGCUCCAGUGCUGCGGCCUGCUGUCCCUUUCUUCCAUCUGCAAGGCGAAGAGCUCUCUUGAAACGGUCGUCGAUGAGAAGGGUGAAGAUUACUGUGAUCAUGCAUGUCCAGACCAUGCGUCCUAUAUAUGGCUAUUUUGAAUUGAUCUACGGCUGCCGCGCACGUGCCGCCGGCUGAGAGUGAUUUCCCGCCGUUUGCCACGCCGCUGACCGCCCUUGCUGCCGCCUCGCCCGCCGCGCACGCGGGUGCUUCCCCCCUGGCCGGCGCGCUGAUGGCUCGCUCAGAGCCCGGUGGCCCGCUGGCUGGUGUGUUUUCAUGCUGGGGCUCUGCAGUGCACAGAGCUGAAGGCCGCCCCGGCUCUCCCGUCGACAUCCGGCUGGGGAGCGGCGCAUCGCGCGGCUCUGUCGUCGCUGGAGCACAUUCAGGGCGGGCAGGGUGAGAUCGGGCCCAGCCCGGCUGCGGUUUAGUCGUGUUGGGCGUAGUUUUAACCGGCCUUCAAAAGGCUGGCGCGGCCUCUGGCGGAUUUCCUGCACUUGUCGGGUGUCCUGUGUUGACGUCGAUAGCUUGGCCCGCGCUGGUCGGUGCUCCUGACCAGCUGACCUUGCAUGGAUAAUCACGCUUGUGUUGAGCUGAGCUGGGCGCGAGUAUGACAGCUGUGGCGCUCAUUUGUCAUCAACAGCUGGCUCAUGGGUUGGAAUUGUUAAAUUUGUGAAAGGACCGCAGCCAGUGAAAACUGCAGUUGUCAUCUAACAGCUCAAGACAUUCGAUGUACGCCACGCGCUGCCGGUCGAGGACGUGCGCCGGCCCAGUCUUGACCGGAAUCGCGCCAUGCCCGGUGCAUGGCUGUGUGACUUUUUAUAUGGGUGUUGAAUAGUGGCAGUGCAAAAGCUACGUUUUGUCCGCGUUUCUACAAAAGUACCUUUGCACGUUUGUAACGUCAAAGGCACGUGGUGGCGAGUCAACAGAUUGGGCCUGGGGAAAAGUGAUGUAGUUAACUGCGAAGGCAGAGGCCUGCCUUCAUUUCGUUAUCUUAUAUCUGCUGUCUCCUAUCCUAACGCCAUCGGUGCAUCUAGUAGCCUAUCGUUGAGUCAUGUGAAACCUGAGUCGUGCGCGUUAUACCAUCUGAACGGCUGAUGCGCCCCCACGCCCACUUGGUUAUCGUUGUCCCUCGAUUCAAGGGUGAUAUGCUUUUAUCAGACGUCCGCACUGACCGUCGAAAUCUUCCUGCAAACAUUAGACAUAACCGUUGGCUUACAAGUAGUAGCAUGCGCUACUCCCAGGUAUGGCAGCACUUUUAACCGAAGCAUUUCUUGCCUCGAGCCGAUGAAGACAAGUACAAAAUUUGUAAAAGCUUUGUCGGUGAUCAUUUGUUCGGGGUCGGAAAGCUGUUUAUACGAAAUUAAUUUGUUCCCCUUGUGGGGAGAAUAUGGCUCAGGAGGUUCGUUGCGGCCCACACCCCCUGAAAUUGAUAGUGUCAGCUGCGUACUUACAACUUCUAAGCUUGGUGAGGCUCCCGCCACGACUCUGUGACCGUGAUCCUCGGAGAAAUUGGGGAAAGCAGGAGGGCUUAAUGGCGGUCUGCCUCGUUUCUUUCCACGCAGCUUUUCAUCGGGGUUAGAGUUAAUUUGUGCAGAGCUUUGGAUGGCGGCCCUUCCACUGGCCUCUCACACAGGUCCCAUGCAUUCCGACACCACACGAUUCCGUAAUCACCGUCUGUGACAGCAACUAUGUGCUAAGUUAUUUUCGUAUGUUUUAUAUGUGAUGUUACCACGUCGACGCUGUUCCCUUGUGCAUGCGUCACAGAGCGCUUGGGUCGGUGUCCAGUCCCAGUUCAUCGCGAUGUUUAUAUCGUGUGCUGUCAAUACCAUGCCUUGUUCACUCGUCCGAUGGGAACUAGUCCGCCUCUGUUCAGUGAUCACUGUGUAGGACUUUUGGGGCCGCGUUGCGCGCCCGAGGCUGUAUUACGCAUGACCGAGCUUCUUGACAGGUUUGAGCGGCAGUGACUCGCGUUGGGAUCUCGAGCUUCUCUGGCCUGCUCCGUAACGCUUUCGUUGUCCUGUCCCAGCCACAGCGCAAUACAUUUCAGUCAU